AUGUCGAUCGCUCGCGUCGCUCGCGUCGCGGUUACUGCACCCCACGCGGUCCGCCGCGCCACCGCCGCGCGUCGUCCAUUCCCCGUCGUUCGCAGGAAGGUCGCCGUCCGGUCCAACGAAAUCGACCUCGAAGCCCUCGGCCUCGACCUCGAUGCGCUCAUGCCCACUAGCAUCCUGGGCGACCUCGAGGGUCUCCAGGAGGAGGCCGGCGCGGAGUUCGACGACGAUGGCGUUCCCCUAAACUUCGGCGACUCCGCCUACGAGGCCGAUAUCCUGCGGACCAAGGUGGGCAUCGUGGACCGAAGCGGCGGUUGGAGGGUCUUAAGGCUCGCGGGACCCGGAGCCGUCGACGCGCUCAAGGCUGCGGGGGCGACUGGCGAGGACAUCGACGCGCUCAUGGCCAAGGGACCCGGUCGCGGCGCGCCCCUCGACCUGGACGGAGGCAGGUGCGCCGCGCACGUGCAGGCCGGGGGCUUACUGGUGACGGCGCCGGCGGCGGUGGCGGAUGCGCUGGCGAAGGCGGGGGGCGACGCCGUGAAGGACUUGGCGGAGCAGUGCACGCUCCUGUCCCUCGUGGGACCCGACGCCGCCGAGCUUCUGGUGCGAAGCGGCGCGCCCGGCGUGAUGGAGCAAGAGGUGGGCACGCACGCGACGUUCGGGUUCGAGGGCUGCCCCGUGGUUGCCGCGUUUGGCGGCGACCUGCUCGCGGCGGAUGGGACGUUUCUCGCGGCGGUGAACCUGGUGGCGGACGAGGGCAUCGCGGGUCUGCUGUGGAACGCGUUGAAGGGACAGGGCGCGGAGCCUGUCGGGUCGCAGGCGCUCGACGCCGUCCUCGCGGAGUGAACCGACGAUAGCCUACUAACGCGAUUUUAUACUAACACUGCCCUUCU